AUGAGUCACACUCCGGGUCUCGUAGAGAGUGGUCUCAAGUUCACCAGGAAAACCUGGCUCCAGUAUCAACAGCAAGAGCGAAUCGAGCGUGACAGAGAGGAGCUGUACGCACAGUAUGGUGUACAGAGUGUUGAGUCGAUGGGUCCAGAGGUGGGUACAUCGGAGGUGCCAGGAGGGCUACAGGGGGCAUCCACCGAGAAAUGGUUGCUACCAGGGAGGCGCGCGCGCGCCCGCUCUGCAUCGAGACCUGACGCUGUCGGACCGGCCUUCAUAGGCGUGAUCAAGCCGGAGCACCGGAGAACGAGGUCAACCGGCAGGGCUCCACAGGUCAUCGCCGACCAAGCUGCUUCGUCCCUUAUGUCCUCUGGUCAACUGGGUGCAACAGCAUUCACUGGGUCAUCCCUGGGAUUGCAGCCGUUCUUGACCAACGUCUCGGGCGGAUGGGAGGGCAAGGCUUCGCAGUACCCAUCAUCCCCAUCUUCCUACCCCACUCUGUACUUCCAGGCGCCUUCGUUUACUGCUCAUCAGUACAAUAUUCACCCGUACUCCUCCCCCACUCCCAACCAGCUAUCGCAUUCAGAUCGAUACCAAAGCAUGUCCGACAUUCCGGCAGAUACAGCUCAUGGAGUUUCAGACACUAAACUCCGCGCCGAAUGCCUGUUCCCUGCCCACGCAGUACCGAUCGCGGACCCGCAGGCAACGCUUACCGACCUGGUCAAUUUCCGGAUCUCCGCCCUCACGCUCGGCCUCCCAAACGAAAGCAAGCCUCCCUGGCCCCCGCGAUCCCACGCGGAUUUCGUAGCCCAGGAUCUAUUCACCCUACCGCUUGAUCAGUGGGGCAAUCCGUUGACGACCAGACCGUCCAGCAUUGGAGAUCAGUGUCAAAGUACUCAGACGAGCGCGCGGGGUUCGCAGAUCGGGGCCAAGUGUUCCGCUGCGACAGAUUGCUUGUGCGAGGACUGCAUCCAAUAUCAAGUCGAGGUUCUCACGGUAUUGGCAAAGGCAGAUGGACAGUUGUAG